AAUAAUACUAGUGCAAAGGGUGAAACGAUGCAAAUGUGGCUUUUGCAUGAGACAGAACUUGAGUAACCUCUGGGAACUGCAUGGAAUGGGAGCAUUAUCUAAUGCGCCUGUAUUCAAAAGCACGAUCAGAGUGGUUUAAAAGGAGUGCAUCUGAAACCUUCACCUCACCCAAACUUCACCCAGUUCUUAAACCACUCCUAAACGUGUGCCAUUAAAGUACUGAUUAUGUAUGCGGAUUAUCCAGGAAUGCAGUUAAAUUCUUUCUUAUGAUUGCUCCACCCCCCAAUGACCUGAUGACUACCCGGAUCUCCAUGCGGUCCCUUCCCUCCUUGGCGUCCAUCAGCAGUGCUAGCUCUGACCCCCGCUUCCAUUUCAAAUGGAGGGCCAUCACAGUGGUAACUAUACUAGCCUUGGGUCUGCUGCUCUAUCUGCACCAAACGGCAGGGGGCGCUACAGAGGACACACAACUUUUUCCAUCGUUUCGUCUUAGUGAUGGUGCACGUCGGUUGAUCCGGGAUGCGACUGCCAAAAAGGAGGCCAGUUACAACCAAACCUACCCUCUGAGCCCACCUGAGCACACAGCUAAUGGUGUCCGCUACCGAAUAGCUGUGAUCGCAGACUUGGACACAAACUCCCGCAGCACCAAGGACAAUACCUGGUUCAGCUAUAUGCAGCGAGGCCAUCUGAUCGUGUCAGACAGCGGGGAACGAGUGGAGGUAGAGUGGGACCCAGACAAGGUAGUGCUGGAGAGCCAUUUAUCAGAAAAAGGGCGUGGGAUGGAGCUUUCCGACCUGGUGGCGUUUAAUGGACGUCUGUACAGCGUGGACGAUCGAACAGGCGUGGUGUACCGCAUCGAAGACAACCGGGCUGUACCAUGGGUCAUCCUGCCUGAUGGAGAUGGCAGUGUUUCCAAAGGUUUUAAGGCGGAGUGGCUGGCAGUGAAGGAUGAGCACCUGUAUGUGGGUGGGCUGGGGAAGGAGUGGACAACAACCACAGGCGAAUUCGUCAACAACGACCCCCAGUGGGUGAAAGUCAUCGGCUUCCAGGGUGAUGUGCACCAUGAGAACUGGGUGUCUAAUUAUGUUGCCCUGAGGGGUGCGGCAAGCAUCAAACCCCCUGGUUAUAUGAUACACGAGUCUGCGGUGUGGAGCGAGCGCCGACAGCGUUGGUACUUCCUCCCUCGCCGCGCCAGCUCUGACCGCUACGAGGAAACAGCCGACGAGCGCCGCGCCACCAACCUGCUCCUGACCUGCACAGCUGAUUUCAGCCACAUCUCCGUGUCCCGAGUCGGACGGCUGCUCCCCACUCACGGCUUCUCAGCCUUCAGGUUCGUUCCCAAUACCCAUGACAACAUGGUUCUGGCACUGAAGUCUGAGGAGGACGCAGGAAAAAUCGCCACCUAUAUCACAGCCUUCACGCUGGAGGGACGAGUCCUGCUGCCUGAGACAAAGAUCGGAGACGUGAAGUAUGAAGGGCUGGAGUUCAUCUAGGUUAUUAGAGGAGAGUAGAUUUCUCACAUGGAAGUCACUGGGUAUGUGACCAUGUGAGCUUCUGUGCAAUGUUAUAGAUAUAAAAUGUCAUAAACACAUCAGUUUCUCUUUGAUAGUUCUGUAUGCAGUGGUGAAUUUGUGUCCCCAUAGAGACAAGCACCUGAAACCUGUGCUCUCAUGGGGAGGGAGAUCGAUGAGGUCAAACAAAACACGAAGAGACAGAGCGAAAUAGGCAGCUCACAGAGCUUACACGUUCGCCAUGUAGUCUCAAACGUGGGCCGACGUCUUUCCUCAGCAUCUCUGUGAAAAACAGCACUGCUAAAGACUCAGGGUUUUUAUUUUUGUUGUUGUUUAAAGCGCACAACAUGGACUAACUACCCAAACUGGAAUGAUCCAAGAGACAAAAUCUUGUCUUUUAUUAAGUGGACUUGAAGGAUGCAUUCAUUGAUGCAAAUGAAUCAUGUUCAUUUCUGUAUGUUUUUAUUUAUAUCUUUUUAAAAGAUCAUGCAGAUAUUUGUAAAAAUUCACCCAAAUUUUGAAGCCCAGGUUUGGGGUGGUUUCAUGAAGUCUACCACAAAGACAGAAAAACACCGUAUAUGCAUAUAUCUCUUAUUAUGCAAAUUAGAAAUGCUCCUACAUACGUUAGUAGAUGUAAUAAUAAUAAUGAUGAUGAUGAUGAAGAAGAAUCAUUAGUAAUAAUAUGUAAUAAUCCCUCUGCACACUCCAGAAAGUGUUUAAUCAUAAACCAGAAUGUUUUAAGAUUUAGGGUGACUUUAACGAGUGUUUUAUUUCUGUUUUAGUCUCAUGUUUUAAAAUCCUGCUGAAAUGCAUAUACGCUCAAUGAAUGUUGCUCUUCUGAGUUGUUUCUGUGAUGAUAUAGUAAUAUUUAACAGCCUUCUUCAUCUUGGACAAGGAAUUAAAACUGAAGAUGCCUAACA